AUGUAUAAAUCGGUGGUUUACCAAGGGGAUGUGCUACUGGGAGAGGUAGAGAUUUACCCAGAAGAAAAGAAUGGCUACAAGAACAUCGAAGUGAAGGAAAUCAGAAUAAGUCACCUCUCGCAACCGAGUGAGAGGUGCCCACCACUUGCAGUGCUUCAUACCAUUGCAGCCUCUGGAAUUUGCUUCAAAAUGGAGUCAAAGACCUCGCAGUCACAGGACAUGCCGCUCCAUCUUUUGCACUCCUCGUGUAUCAUGGAGAAUAAGACUGCUAUAAUGGUGUUUGGAAUGGAGGAGCUACAUUUGGUAGCCAUGUAUUCUAGAGAUCAUGACAAGCAGUAUCCAUGUUUCUGGGGCUUCAAUGUUGCAAUGGGACUCUACAAUUCAUGUCUUGUCAUGCUGAAUCUUAGAUGUCUUGGCAUUGUAUUUGAUCUUGAUGAGACACUUGUGGUUGCAAAUACAAUGCGCUCGUUUGAGGAUAAAAUUGAAGCCCUGCAGCGAAAAAUAAGCAGUGAGGUAGAUCCACAGCGUACUGCGGGCAUGCUGGCAGAGGUUGAGCGAUAUCAAGAUGACAAGUUAAUUCUAAAGCAAUAUGCUGAAAAUGACCAGGUUAUAGAAAAUGGAAAAGUGAUUAAAAGUCAAUCGGAGGUUGUUCCUGCAUUGUCUGACAAUCACCAACCUUUUGUUCGACCACUCAUACGAUUGCAUGAAAAAAAUAUCAUUCUGACUCGCAUCAACCCCCAGAUUCGUGAUACAAGUGUUCUUGUGAGGUUGAGACCUGCAUGGGAAGAUCUUCGGAGCUACUUGACUGCAAGAGGUCGCAAGCGUUUUGAGGUCUAUGUGUGUACAAUGGCUGAAAGGGAUUAUGCUUUGGAGAUGUGGAGGCUUCUUGAUCCAGAUUCAAAUUUGAUAAAUCCCAAGGAAUUGCUGGAUCGCAUUGUUUGUGUCAAGUCUGGUUCUAGGAAGUCAUUGUUCAAUGUCUUCCAAGAUGGCUUUUGCCACCCCAAGAUGGCUCUAGUAAUUGAUGAUCGUUUGAAAGUGUGGGAUGAAAAGGAUCAACCUCGAGUUCACGUUGUUCCUGCAUUUGCUCCUUACUAUGCCCCUAACGCCGAAGGAAAUAAUGCCGUCCCUGUUCUAUGUGUAGCAAGGAACGUUGCCUGCUAUGUUAGAGGUGGUUUUUUCAGGGAAUUUGAUGAGGUCCUUCUGCAAAAAAUUUAUAAUAUUUCUUAUGAAGAUGAUGCCAAUGAUAUUCCCUCUCCACCUGAUGUUAGCAACUAUCUCGGCUCAGAGGACGAAUAUUCGGUCUCUAAUGGAAACAAAGAUACACUAACUUUUGAUGGUAUGUCAGACAUGGAAGGCGAUAGACGAAUGAAGGAUGCAUUUUUGGCUUCUUCAACUGUCAACAGUGCAGAUCCACGAGUGCCUUCUCUUCAAUAUACAAUGGCUUCUGCUUCUGGCACUGUUCCAGUUCCGCCAUAUUUUCCUAACAUGCCACUUCCCCAUGUUGAUUCAGUGGCUCAUGUGGCCGCCUCUGAACCAAGUUUACAAAGCUCUCCUGCUAGAGAGGAGGGUGAGGUACCAGAAUCAGAAUUGGAUCCUGAUACAAGGCGUAGACUUCUUAUAUUGCAACAUGGACAAGAUACAAGAGAGCGUCAAUCAAGUGAACCUGCAUUCUUAGGGAGGCCUCCUCCAUUACCGCAGGUUGUUGGUCCACGUGCACAACCACGUGGAAGUUGGUCUCCAAUGGAAGAAGAAAUGAGCCCAUUACAACUAAGUUGGACACGCAAAGAGUUCCCUGUAGAUGAAGAACCGAUCAGAGAGAAGCAUAGGUCUAAUCAUCCUUCAUUUUUUCCCAAGAUUGACAGUUCCUUUCCACCUGUUAAAACUCCUCAUGAAAAUCAGAGAUUGUCAAAAGAGGCUUUUUAUAGAGAUGAUCGUGUGAGAGUAAGUCGAAGGCCAUCUAGUUAUCCUGCCUUUUCAGCUGAUGAGAUUCCAAUGAAUCAAUCAUCUUCAAGAAGUCGAGAGAAUGACAUUGAAUCUGGACGCUCCAUCUGGAGUGAAACCCCUGUUGGAGCUCUACAGGAAAUUGCAAUGAAGUUUGGCACCAAGGUGGAAUUUAAGCCAGCAUUAGUCUCCAGCACAGAUCUACAGUUUGCUGUUGAGGCAUGGUUUGUGGGAGAGAAAAUUGGUGAAGGAAUUGGUAAAACAAGAAGGGAAGCGCAGCGACAUGCUGCUGAAGGUUCUAUAAAGAACUUGGCUAAUGUUUACGUAUCGCAUUGUAAGGCUGACUCGACGUCUACAAACGAUAUGAACAAAUUUCCUAACGACAAUGGAUCUGGAAAACGAAUGAGGACGGACUUCCACGGGAAUCUUCCAAAACCUAAAUGAAUGUUCCGAAAAUGCGUCUGUUUUAUGAACAUAUUUGUUUGACCCUCUUGUAAAGGCAUGUUUCAGGAUAUUCGAGGUUAUUAAAGGUCAUGAAGACUCAGAGCAUGUUGGACUAACAAGCAAUACCUCGCCUUGUGCUAGUCGUCGUCUCGAUCACGACUAGCCAAAUCGCAAGAUCAUUCAGUUUCUUCUGAUAUAUCAGCAGCAGCAGCAGCACAAUGUCUCUCCCUGUGAAAUGUUUUUUUACCUCAAGGUUGAGAUGAGCCACAAAUAUCCGCCUGCUACUUAAAUUUUUCCUCCCAUCAAGCUGAAGCCCUUGCUGUUAAAAGGUUGCAGAAGCCUGUAAUUCAUGCUCUGCUUUGCCGACUUGUUCACUCCAAUAUAGAAUUUAGUGUUUUUUUUUUUUAAUAUUUAUUGAUUGAGCUCAGGUCGAAAAUUUUUACUGGUAUUCAGGAAUGUUUUCUUGAUCUGCAGACUCAUUAUUCACAUUAUAUAGCAAACUAACCCUUUAUUUUAUGUU